ACCGCAACCAAUCAACCACGCCCUCCUCAAAACCACCGCCAUGGGCCAAGGAGCUUCCACGAACCUCGGGUCCUCCGAUGGCGAGGGCGGUACACACUCCGGUUCAGGCACCGCUGUCAAAACUUGCUAUUACGAACUACUAGCAGUCUCUCGUGACGCCACUCAGGACGAGUAUGUAUGCGAGCGAAAUAGCCCUCCCCUUCUGCCCCACUAUCAACCCUUCUAUUAGGGAAGCCAACUAGCUUACUAGGGAAUAGUAUCAAAAAAGCCUACAAAAAGAAAGCUCUAGAACUACAUCCUGAUAGGAACCAUGGCAACGUCGAAGAAGCUACCCGCCUGUUCACCGGGAUCCAGGCGGCAUACGAGGUCCUCUCGGACCCCCAAGAACGGGAGUGGUAUGAUUCUCACCGCGAGCAGAUCCUCUACGGCGACCAUGACUCAGCUGUCUCCGGAGGCCCCUCGCACCCCGUCAGCGUGACCACAUCCGAAGAGGUCCUGGAGUGGUUCUCCAUGUUCGCUAAGAUCUCUUACGACGAUGACUCGCGAAACAACUUUUACACACUCGCCGGCACGGCAUUUAAGAAAUUGGCCGACGAAGAGAUUACGGCGGCGGAGCAGGCAGGCGAGGAUGAACCUUAUUACCCGGACUUUGGAAACCCGAGGAGUACUCACGAAGAUUGGGUGAAGCAGUUCUAUGCUGCGUGGGGUGGGUUCAAGACCCUGAAGAGUUUCAGUUGGUGCGAUGUUUACCGCUACUCGGAUGCGCCCGAUAGAAGGGUAAAGAGGAUUAUGGAGAAAGAGAAUAAAAAGUUUAGAGAUGCAGGGAUCAGGGAGUUUGAUAGUUCUGUCAGGGUGCGUUUGGUUGCUACGGUCCCUUUUAGGCCUGAACUGAUUGUGGAACAGUCCUUCGUUCUCUUCGUACGGAAACGCGACCCCCGGUUCAUCAAGAAUACCCAGAGCGAGGCCCAACGUCAGGCGGCCCUUCUCGCGGCAUCUAGGGAGCAGGCGACGCGUCAGCGCAGGGAAAACCUUGCCAAGUUAAGGGAAUUCAAGGCUGCGGAUUGGACCCGAACGUCCCAUGGAGCAGACGAGGACUCGGACGGCCUUGAGGAGGAAACGGUCGAGAAAUACGAGUGCAUCGUUUGCAAGAAGACAUUUUGGUCGGAAAGGCAAAUGGGCGAACACGAGAAGAGCAAAAAGCACACCAAGAAUGUGAGGGCACUGAAACGACAAAUGAUGAAGGAGGACAAAGAGUUCGAUCUAGACCGUGACGUCCGAGAGAUUGAGAAGCAGCAAGAGGAUGCCCCAAUCGAAUCCUCCGAAGAUGAGGAAUUGGAAGAGCUAGAAAAGCCAGACACCACCAAGACUAACACCCUACACGACGCCCUCAACAAAAAUCUCCAAAAACUCGACCUGACCCCCUCAAAGGGCCAAGGCGCAAAAUCAUCAGAUCCAGAGGGCAAUUCCGAAGCCACCCACCCCCCCCCGCCCCCGUCCCCGACGCCGAACAAGAAGAAGAAGAAGCAGAAGACGGAGACGGAGACGACCAAAGCCCCCUCCCAAACAGCCUAA